AACGUCGACCUUUACACUGACAUGUAGCUACCGGAUGUGCUUUGGGACUGCUGCGAUUGGUCGAUACGAAAAAGUUCAGUUUGCCCAUUGUGACGGUGCGCUGGAGCUGCUGCACGAUGGAGAAGGUUCUAUGCGACGUCCACGGUAGCGUGUGCAUGUUAAAAACUGGCGUUAAAGAUGGACCAAACAAAGGCAAAAGCUUCUAUGUCUGCGUUGACAAGCAGGGCUGUGAUUUCACUCAUGUGGCACGAAUCUCACCAUCCAACUGCCUCCAGCACGAAGACUCGAUGGUGGAACUCCAAGCGCUCACCUACAGUCUGCAGCAGCAGAGCCACAGGUUGUUCUACAGGUGCAUUGUGGGUAAAAAAGCUGCCCAGAAGUGGUGUGGAAACGUUCCGUGGCGUGCGCCCGAGAAGGAGAAGAGGAACCCUUUGUCCCACGCGCAGCCUUCUUGCCUGCCGCCCGUCCGGAACCCCUUCAAAGCCUCCGGCAAGACGGACGCGGACUCCGAGUGGAGGAGGAUGCAGCGCGGUGGAGGGGGGGAGGAUAGAGACGGCGGUGAGAGUCACGGGGCCGAAGGGGGAGGGAGGCAUCAGAAAGAGAACGUGGAGGGCGUCGCUGCGGGAGAGCGGGAGGCGGAGUCCUACCGAGGCAAACAGCUUCCGCCGGGAAUGAAGCUGAAGAAGAGAGUUUCCAAUGAGGAGGAAAAGCGGCCCAAAGCGAGCGGUGGGGGGGAACCAAGCGACGCCGACGAGGAGCCCGGCGAGGCCCGACAACCGACCGAAAGAGUCAAGGAUACCGGAGAGAGCGACUCGGAUAGCAGAAAGAACCCGCCCCCAUCGACCCAGGCAGCGCAACCAGAGCCCAGCCGACCUCCGGCCCUCCAGGUCCAUGACGACGACGAAGACGAUGUCGUGGUGGUGUCGGUGAAACCGGCGACUCAGAGAACGCCGCCCGUCUCUGCCGUUCAGAAGACGCUGACCGCCUUCGCCGGGUUCCAGCCGGCGUCAAAGGUCAAAGGUCAGCAGCAGGACCCCGGAGGUCUGCACGGCCUGCUCACAAGUCGACUCCAGCAGAAGAAGGCGACCUUGUCGGCGGUGAACGUGGCGGCUCUGCCCGACAAAGGGGAACGCCUGAAGUCUCAGGUGAAGGAACUGCAGGACGCUCUGGAGUCUCUGAACCUCGCCGCUCCGUCUCCACCCGCAGGCUCCCAGGGUGGAAGUAACCGCGGUGAAACCGAUCUGGAGGUCAACCCCUGCCGGCAGGGCGGCACCAUCCUGCUCCACGCGCCCCCGGGCCCCUCCCAACAGCAGGACCUCCACCUGAGUCAGGGCUGCACCCAAGUCUACGGAGCCGGCCCUCAGGCCUUCUACGGGGGCCGGAUGACCGACGACCGCCUGCUGGCCGUGAAGAACGCCACCAGCGAGACCAUCGACCACCUCCACAAGUCUCUGGAGUCCUGCCCCGACCCCGAGGCCGAGUUCCCGGACCCCAAAGGCAUCAAGGUGCCGCUCCUAGCCCACCAGAGGAGAGCGUUGGCCUGGCUGCUCUGGAGAGAGAACCAGAACCCCUGCGGAGGAAUUCUGGCGGAUGACAUGGGUCUGGGGAAAACCUUGACCAUCAUCGCUCUCAUCCUGGCCAAGAAGACCAAAGCCAACAAGGAGGCGGAGACCAAGCCGCAGAGCUGGAUCUCCAAAACCGACUCCAGCCUGGUGGCUUCUACAGGAACCCUGAUCAUCUGCCCCGCCUCCCUGGUGCACCACUGGAAGAGGGAGAUCGAAAGACACGUGAAGACGGGCAAGCUCAUGGUGUACCUGUACCACGGCCCCCAACGCGAGAAAAGAGCCAACGUGCUGGCUGAUUUUGAUGUGGUGGUGACCACAUACAGUUUAGUCUCUAAGGAGGUCCCGGUCCAGAAGGGGGGCGCUGAAAACUCCAGCAAAGAUGCGGAUGAAGUGCCGUCCCGCUCGGCUCCUCUGCUGCGGGUCGCCUGGGCCCGCGUGGUUCUGGACGAAGCCCACAACAUCAAAAACCCCAAAGUGCAGACGUCCAUGGCCGUGUGUCAGCUGAGGGCUCGCGCCCGCUGGGCCGUCACCGGAACGCCCAUCCAGAACAACCUGCUGGACAUGUACUCGCUGCUCAAGUUCCUGUGCUGCUCCCCGUUCGACGAGUACAAGGUGUGGAAAGCUCAGGUGGACAACGGCUCCAACCGAGGCCGCGAGAGGCUCAACAUCCUGACCAGGACUCUGCUGCUCCGACGGACCAAAGCCCAGCGCGACUCGGAGGGGAAGCCGCUGGUGUCUCUUCCCGGUCGGACCUGCGAGGUGCAUCGACUCGAACUGUCCCGGGACGAGCAGGCCGUGUACGACGUGGUCUUUGCCCAGUCCAGGUCGACUCUGCAGAACUACCUGAAGAGACACGAGGGGAGCGACGGGAAGGGAGACGCUCGCAGCGCCAACCCCUUCGACAAAGUGGCGCAGGAGUUCGGUGUGUCUCAGGCGGCGUCAACUUCUCAGCAGGCGUCCAGCACCGUCCACAUCCUGUCCCUGUUGUUGCGCCUCCGUCAGUGCUGCUGUCCCCUGUCGCUCCUCCAGAAGACUCUGGACACCUCCGAGCUGCAGGGCGACGGCGUCGUCUUGUCUCUAGAGGAGCAGCUCAACGCUCUGUCUCUGUCCUCGGGCCCCUCCCCCGGGUCGGACCCCCUCCCCCCCGGCACCGUGGCCCUCAACGGAACCCGCUUCGCCUCUCGCCUGUUUGAGGACACCAGCGAGAGCACCAAGAUUGCUGCUAUCGUCUCCGAGCUGAAGGCGAUCAGACAGAAGGGAGCGGAUCAGAAAAGCGUCAUCGUGUCCCAGUGGACCAGCAUGCUCAGAAUCGUGGCGGUUCACCUGCGCGGGAUGGGCCUCAGGUACGCCGUCAUCGACGGGACCGUCGCCCCCAAACACCGCAUGGACCUGGUGGAGGAGUUCAACAGCAACGCCCGCGGGCCGCAGGUGAUGCUGGUGUCUCUCUGUGCUGGAGGGGUCGGCCUGAACCUCAUCGGUGGGAAUCACCUGUUUCUCAUCGACAUGCACUGGAACCCGGCCCUGGAGGAUCAGGCCUGUGACCGUAUCUACCGGGUGGGACAGAGUAAAGACGUCACCAUCCACAGGUUCGUGUGUGACGGCACGGUGGAGGAGAAGAUCUCCACCCUGCAGGAGAAGAAGAAGGAGCUGGCCCAGAACGUGCUGUCGGGAACCGGAAGCACCGUCUCCAAACUGUCGCUGGCCGACCUCCGGAUCAUUUUCGGGGUCUGAGAAGAGAAGGAGAGAGGAAGGCUAAAGGGCUUCUUCUCCUCACAGUGGUGAUGGUUCCUUCCUCCCUCUUCUUUAUCCAGAGCAGGUUUUUAAAUCGUUAUUGGACUUUAUGCGCCUGUAUUUUUAUUUCUGUUGUUCCUUUUGCUUAAGUUGUGCUCUCUGCAUCUGUUCUCUCUGCUUCGGCUGAACUGUUUUGACUGCAUUUCCCUUGUUGAGAUGAACAGGGUUCAACUUUUUGUUAUAUCUUUGUUUAUUCGCCUGAUGGAGUUUGUUUUCAAAGCAUUUUUAAAACGUCAUUAAGUAUUCUGUAUUUUAUUUGUUGAUUUCAUUAAAUUCAGGUAAUGCUG